AUGACCGCUCUCAUUUUAGAUGACGAAAAAAGUCAUGUUUGCGACCAGGACAUAAAACUGAAAAAAGCUUCUUGUAGGAGCAAAGACCUGGACAUAGUUCCUCAAAAUCUUUCUCAGGAUAUCGAGAUUCUUGAUUUAGGACGGAAUAAUAUCACCAGGCUCUUGAAUGUCUCGUUUGAAAUAUACCCUCUUAUCAGUGACUUGGACAUUUCUUCUAACAAUCUAAGAUUCAUAGAACCCGCUGUAUUUUACCCUCUCAAGGGGUUAACCUACCUGGAUCUAGCUUUCAACCCUUGGCUUCUGCUUCCAGGAACAGGAGUUUUCAUGAUGUCUUCACAUCUUUCCAUUCUAGUUCUAGCGGAAUCAAACAUGAAAUCACUUCCAAAUGACACUCUAAAAUGGACUUCCCAUCUGUCUUAUGUAGAUAUGUCAUUCAACCAGUUGUCCUUUGUAAACAUAAGUUCUUGUGGAGUAGCAGAUUUGGUCACCCUGAGUAAUAAUCAAAUACAACAUCUAACAGAGAGAUAUUUCACCUUCGUGUGUCUUUCGAUCACUUUAAAUCUAAAGGCAAAUCCAAUCCAAACUGUUGACCCUGAUGUUAUCGCAUCUUUACAUGUUAGCUCUUUGGAACUAGGUAGUUACCCUUUAAGUAACGAAGUAUUAACGAACAUUACCCUUGGGAUCUCCAAAUCAAACAUUACAAAACUGUCAAUUGUAAAGGCAUCUGUUGAUGUGUUUCCGACAUGCUUAUUCCUUCCACUGCGUGAUUCCUCGCUUGCUGUUCUUGACUUAAGCAGAAAUAACCUUAAUAACCUUCAUCCUUUAGUCUUCUCGAACUUGACAAAACUCGUUGAAUUGAGGAUUUCUGAAAACAAUCUUCCUAUACGUGAAAUUCAACCAGAUUUCUUCAAGGGCAUGGAUGAUUUGAAGGUAAUGGAAAUACCAGCAAACCAAAUACGUCAAAUAAAUCCCUACAAUCAGAGUUGGUCAAUAUACCUAUCAGAGCUUUACCUAGCCAGUAAUCUCAUUACAGAAAUAUCGGGAUUUUCAUUUCGUGGUUUGGGGAAUUUAACUACCCUAGACAUGAGUUCAAACGAAUAUCUUUCAGUCUUCGAACUGACGGAUUUUUCUGGACUUGAAAAUAUCCAAAGAAUUACACUAACCGGAAGCCGUAUCAGCGUUCUAGAACUGCACACUCCAACACUUAAAUCACUUUCCAUGAACUCUGUUGCUCCCCUGUUAGUCCUGCGGCCAGGGAAAUCCUUUAAACAUUUGCAAUCCCUUGUUAACUUAAACAUGAGAGAUUCUGGGAUGGCCCAGUCUGACCUUUGGAAUGUAACGACGAACACGUCACUUUUCAACAGAUUAUUGAAUCUUGGACAUUUGGAUUUGAGUAGGAACACAUUGUUGUCAGUUGGGGAACUAACACCCGGGAUCUUCCAUCCGCUCUCUACUUUAAAAGAGCUAAGCCUGGACUACUGCUCCAUCACAAUCCUACAUCCUCUCGUCUUUUCAGGAUUAGAGUCGCUUCAGAAGUUGAGUUUAAAAGGAAACAACAUUCAGAGUAUUCAUGUUGUACUCUCGUUCUUGGAACUGAUAGAAAGUAUCAACUUCGACAAUAAUCGUAUCACGAAUUUGGAGGAUGUAACAUUCCAUAAUAACGGAAAACUGAAAAGUCUUUUUUUGGCUAAUAACAGACUAACAAGUCUCAACCGAAGCACUUUUAAGCCGUUAGUCUCAUCUGUUACAUCACUUGAUCUAUCGAAAAACUUGAUAAAUUGUAACUGUGAUCUGAAGUGGCUAAUCGAUUGGAUCAAAUUUAAUGAACACGUGCAUUUGUUAAACAAGGACGCAACCAUGUGUUCGAUGGCCUCUCUUGUGUCUCUUCGUCAGAAAAAUCUGCUCGACUUUGACCCAGAUAAGCUUUGUGGAAUUAACAUUGGCCUGAUUUCGUGUAUUUCCUUGGCAGUCCUUGCUUCCAUUAUUAUCACCCUCUUGGUUUGUCGCAACAGAUGGCAGUUGAAGUACAUAAUCUUUCUUUUAAAAUUGGCUGUACUUGGAUACAAAGAAAUGCAAGAUGCUCGAGACCACAAUGACUACGAGUUUGACAUUAACAUCAUCUUCUUCGAUGGCGACGAAGAAUGGAUUCGCGAACAUCUCCGACCUGCUCUUGAAUUACACCUUCCUCGGUAUCAGAGAAACGUCUUUGGUGACGAAGACCUCGUCCUAGGCAUGCAUUACUUGGAUUCCGUUGAUUACGUAGUGACCCAUAGUUACAAGACCAUCAUCGUGCUAAGCAGAGCUGCUGUGAAAGACCACUGGUUCAUACUCAAGUUCCGUACGGCCAUGGACCACGUGAGUGAUACGCUCACGGAAUUCGUGUUGGUGGUUUUUCUAGAGGACAUCCCAGAUGAUGAAAUGCCCUUCUUAGUGAGAUUGUAUCUCAGUGACGGUAGACCUUAUAUUCACUGGACUGAAGACUUGAGGGGACAAGAAUUUUUCUGGAACGAAUUGUCAACAAAUCUGACUGUCAAUUUGAGGACGAAUGAUCUGAUCCCAAAUGAGUAA